CUAAGAAAUAAAACGAUGCCAAUUGCUGAUGUCGGAGUUGCAUACAACAAAGCGGGUGAGUCGCCCUGGGGUCACAGGAACUUCAAGGAUCCAAACUACUGGAUACAAGUGCAUCGACUGGAACACGGAGAUGGAGGAAUUCUGGAUCUCGACGACAUCCUCUGUGAUGUGGCAGAUGACAAAGACAGACUGGUAGCCGUGUUUGAUGAGCAAGACCCACAUCAUGGAGGUGAUGGCACCAGUGCCAGCUCCACGGGCACCCAGAGCCCAGAGAUAUUCGGCAGUGAGCUGGGCACCAGCAAUGUCUCAGCCUUCCAGCCUUACCAAGCAACAAGUGAGAUCGAGGUCACCCCUUCAGUCCUCCGUGCGAAUAUGCCUCUUCACGUCCGACGAAGCAGUGACCCAGCGUUAAUUGGCCUUUCCACGUCUGUCAGUGAUAAUAACUUCUCCGAAGAGCCUUCAAGGAAAAACCCCACACGCUGGUCGACAACCGCUGGCUUCCUCAAGCAGAACACUGCGGGCAGUCCUGCAGCCUGUGACAGGAAGAAAGAUGAAAACUACAGAAGCCUCCCACGGGACACUAGUAAUUGGUCUAACCAAUUUCAGAGAGACAAUGCUCGCUCAUCUCUGAGUGCCAGUCACCCAAUGGUGGACAAGUGGCUGGAGAAGCAAGAACAGGAUGAGGAUGUCGCAGAGGAAGAUAGCAGUCGCGUGGAACCCGUGGGCCACGCCGACACUGGUGUGGAGAACAUCCCCAACUUCUCUCUGGAUGAUAUGGUAAAGCUCGUACAAGUCCCCAACGAUGGAGGGCCUCUGGGAAUCCAUGUAGUGCCUUUCAGUGCUCGAGGCGGCAGAACCCUGGGGUUAUUAGUAAAACGAUUGGAGAAAGGUGGUAAAGCUGAACAAGAAAACCUUUUUCAUGAGAAUGAUUGCAUUGUCAGGAUUAAUGAUGGCGACCUUCGAAAUAGAAGAUUUGAACAAGCACAACAUAUGUUUCGCCAAGCCAUGCGGACAUCCAUCAUUUGGUUCCAUGUGGUUCCCGCAGCCAAUAAAGAGCAGUAUGAACAACUGUCCCAAAGCGAGAGGAACAAUUACUACUCGAGCCGCUUCAGCCCCGACAGCCAGCAUGUGGAUCACAGGGGCGUGACCAGCGCGGGGCCGCAGGCUCUGCCCAGGGCGUCCCGGCUGAAUCCCCCAUCCGAGCACUCGGACCCUCACCCCCGACUCCUACCUCAGAGCGCGCAGCCCUCGGGAAAGCCGCCUGCCGCUCCAGCCCUGGCAGGACACCAUGUGUUGAGUCCCAGCAGUGGUUACAACACCAAAAAAAUUGGCAAGAAGCUUAACAUCCAGCUCAAGAAAGGUACAGAAGGUUUGGGAUUCAGCAUCACUUCCAGGGAUGUAACAAUAGGUGGCUCAGCACCAAUUUAUGUGAAAAACAUCCUCCCAAGGGGUGCUGCCAUCCAAGAUGGCCGGCUGAAGGCUGGUGAUAGGCUCAUAGAGGUUAAUGGAGUCGAUCUAGCAGGCAAAUCCCAGGAGGAAGUUGUUUCCUUGUUGAGAAGCACCAAGAUGGAAGGGACUGUGAGCCUUCUGGUCUUUCGCCAAGAAGAUGCCUUCCACCCAAGGGAACUGAAUGCAGAGCCAAGCCAGAUGCAGUGUCCAAAAGAAACGAAAGCAGAAGAUGAGGAUACUGUUCUCACGCCUGAUGGCACCCGGGAAUUUCUGACGUUUGAAGUCCCGCUGAAUGAUUCAGGAUCUGCUGGUCUUGGCGUCAGUGUCAAAGGUAACCGGUCGAAAGAGAACCACGCAGAUUUGGGAAUCUUCGUCAAGUCCAUUAUUAAUGGAGGAGCAGCAUCGAAAGAUGGGAGGCUUCGGGUGAAUGAUCAACUGAUAGCAGUGAAUGGAGAAUCCCUGUUGGGCAAGACAAACCAGGAUGCCAUGGAAACCCUCCGGAGGUCCAUGUCCACUGAAGGGAACAAGCGAGGAAUGAUCCAGCUCAUUGUGGCGAGGAGAAUAAGCAAAUGCACUGAGCUGAAGUCACCUGGGAGCCCCUCUGGACCUGAGCUGCCCAUUGAAACAGUGUUGGAUGAUAGAGAACGAAGGAUUUCCCACUCCCUCUACAGCGGGCUCGAGGGUCUUGAUGAAUCACCCACAAGAAAUGCUGCGCUCAGUAGGAUAAUGGGUAAAUACCAGCUGUCCCCCACGGUGAAUAUGCCCCAGGAUGACACUGUCAUUAUUGAGGAUGACAGGUUGCCAGUGCUUCCGCCACAUCUCUCUGACCAGUCAUCUUCCAGCUCCCAUGAUGAUGUAGGAUUUGUGACGACGGACGCAGGCACGUGGGCCAAGGUUGGCAUCAGCGACUCUGCAGACUGCUCUUUGAGUCCCGACGUUGAUCCAGUUCUUGCUUUUCAACGAGAAGGAUUUGGACGUCAGAGUAUGUCAGAAAAACGCACAAAGCAAUUUUCAGAUGCCAGUCAAUUGGAUUUCGUUAAAACGCGAAAAUCAAAAAGCAUGGAUUUAGGUAUAGCUGACGAGACUAAACUCAAUACAGUGGAUGACCAGAAAGCAGGUUCCCCCAGCAGAGAUGUGGGGCCUUCCCUGGGUCUGAAGAAGUCGAGCUCUUUAGAGAGUCUGCAGACAGCAGUUGCCGAGGUGACUUUGAAUGGGGACAUUCCUUUCCAUCGCCCUAGGCCACGGAUAAUCCGAGGAAGGGGAUGCAAUGAGAGCUUCAGAGCUGCCAUUGACAAGUCCUAUGACAAACCUGCAGUGGAUGAUGAUGACGAAGGCAUGGAGACAUUGGAAGAAGACACGGAAGAAAGUUCGAGAUCAGGAAGGGAAUCUGUAUCCACAGCCAGUGACCAGCCUUCCCACUCUCUGGAGAGACAGAUGAAUGGAAACCAAGACAGAGGCGAGAAGCCCGAUCGGAGGAAAGAGAAAAUAGGCAAAGAAAAGAAGAAAGACAGAGACAAGGAGAAGGAGAAGAUGAAAGCCAAGAAGGGGAAGCUGAGGGGCUUGGGAGACAUGUUCAGGUUUGGCAAACAUCGAAAAGAUGACAAGAUUGAGAAAACGGGUAAAAUAAAAAUACAGGACUCCCUUACGUCAGAAGAGGAGAGAGUACGGAUGAAGCAGGAGCAGGAAAGGAUUCAAGCCAAAACUCGAGAAUUUAGGGAGCGACAGGCUCGGGAACGUGACUAUGCUGAAAUCCAAGAUUUUCAUCGGACAUUUGGCUGUGAUGAUGAGCUGAUGUACGGGGGAAUUUCUUCCUAUGAAGGUUCCAUGGCUCUCAGCACCAGACCUCAGAGCCCAAGAGAAGGGCAUAUGAUGGAUGCUUUGUAUGCCCAAGUGAAGAAGCCGCGGAAUUCCAAACCUUUACCUGCAGACAGAGAUAAGCUGUCCAUUGAACAAUGAUAUUGCUAAUCCAAAAAGUUGGGAAUUAUGGUACCUGUGAAGUAUUUCUUCAUCAACCUAUAACUGAAUAUGAAUUUGGCUUGGAAAUAAUGGCUUCACCUCCAUUGCCUUUUUCUGUCAGAAUGAAAGCUGUAAAAAAGUGUUUCUCAGACUAGAGUAGCGUAGAGACUCUUCAAAGAACCAUCUCUUGAUACUGCCGUAUAGAAUUAAAUUGUUUUGAUUAUAAUGUUAUUUAAAUAUGUAUAAAAAUAAAAUAGGGCUGAACUCCUUCUGUUUAUAGCCAUUAUAUAACUAUAAAACCAAACAUCUUUACAAAUUAAAUACAAACAAAACAGCAAAACCAUUACAUGCAAAUUAACAACAUUACUUUAAUGUGGCCAAUAAUGUUUUUUUUCCUCCAAAUCUGAAGUCUCGCACAAAUCACAAGCAUGAACGUGGUGGUAGAUGCUCCGUGGCAGGUUCGUUGCAGUUUGGCUGACUCAGUUCAGCCGUCGCUCUUCUCAGUUAGAUUCUGCGGCUCUUUUGCAUGUCUGUAGCCAGCGAUCUUUGACCUGUGCACCCUAUCGAUGUAUCCUAAGGCAUGAAGUUCAACGUGCUUCUCUAUCAUUAACUCAAGACAUCAGUGAAAGUAGCAUUUCUUGAUGCCUCUGUAUGUAUAAGCUUAAAUUCAGACAGGGAAAUAACAUACAAGAUGACCUAGAAUAUGGUUCCAGUAACUUUCUGAAAAGUUAAAUAAUGGAAACCUAAAACUUGAAACUCCUCAGAGAGAGUUUAUACCCAGUAAGGAAUCUCCCAUCAACUAACUAAAUUUCACCCAAGUUUGCUGUUGGUGUCAGAUGAACUUUACUAUUCAAAUUUUUGGAUGUCAUGGGAGCAUCUCCAGUCCACUGACAGUGUGCAGUGUAGCCUGAAUCUGUUCUGGGAUUUUUAUUGUUCAGUAAGAAAGCCAUAUUCUGAAUUUCACUGUUUAUCAUUUUGAUUGAUCUGAUGGAAAUGUGGAUCUGGUAGCCCCACAUGGAAAUAACCAGGGAUCAUUUAUUAAGUGCUGUGAAUUUGAUGUCAGAAUGGAACACUUUCUCCAUUUCCGCAUAUUAUUUAUAAAAUAUUUGUUUUCUAGAAUAGCUUCGUACUCUGGCAAUAUAUCCAUGCCUGUUUAAUUGACUUGACAUGUGUACUGUUAUCUGACUGUACCCUUUGGUCAUAGUGUCAUUGUUAUUACUUUUUAUUAAUGCUCUUGAUAACAUUCUGUGUUUUCGUAUUGGGUGGAUGCCAGAGAAGCCAGACAUAUAUUCUUCUAUUUUCUGUGAAUAACAAAGCUCAAACUUACAAAAGUUUUGGCAUAUUUAACUUUUAUCCUGCUUGUAACCAGAUUCUAUUGUCAAUGAUUCCUAAUCCUAUGUCUCCUUGGUGGAGUGUAUAUCCUAUUUGAUUGCUGUGUCUUCAGAGUGUGAUGCAGCUGAUCAAAAUCAAAUCAGAACUCUAAUAUCAGUUUGUUUAGUAAGGGCUGUUUACAGUGAAGCUGUGAAAUAAUAUAUAAUUUCCAUAUUGGGUAUGACUUUAUCUGGGCAUUCAUAAAUGCCCAUUGUUUACCUAUGACCGAAUCAUCAUUUUAUUCAAAAUGUCAGCCUGCAGGUGUGUUAUCAUAAACUUUAUUCAAUGUUUCUUGACACGCAGCAAAAACUUUCUUUUUGUAAGUUAUACAAUUUCAAUCUAAAAGUUUUGUGUGCUUUGAAUUCUUAAAAAAAAAAUAUUGAUGGAAUGACAGUCAGUAUGUUUUUUAUUAUUUGAGGGCACCAACAAUUCGUAUUUUUAUAGUAAGAUCCUAGAAUCUGUAGUUAAAAACUCCACAGAAGGAUAGUUCUAACGGACAUUUGCUGACUGUCAUCAUGCAAUCAUUUGCCACCAAGAGAGCACGGUCCUGAAAUAUAAUUGAAAUAAAAUAGUUACUGUGCUGCUAUAAAUCUAAAUAGCAGGAAAAUAGUAGGCUAGACUCCCCCAGCUUGCUGAGGACACCUUAAUGGAAACAUAAAUACCAUAAUCACAAGCUUUUUGCAUGCAUUUUAUGACUAAAGUGAAAAUGCCGAUUUUAAAAGAAAAGACCUCUGUGAACUUGUUUUCUCCCCCAUUAAAAACCGGAAUCUAGUUGUGUCAAAAGGAAGUCUGCCAAACACAGAGAAAACUAAUUUUCUUAGCUAUGGGUCAUUAUUAAACAUGCGCUCUUUUUAAAAGGUUGGGUCAUAUAACAAAGUUGUAUUUGCUAUUCAAAAAGUCAAAGACUGUUUUAUUUACUUACAUUUACAUAGUAUUUUUUUUUUAUCUCUGCUUUUCUUGAGAUGUGAGAAAGAUAUUUCAAAUGGAGUCCAUCUCAUUGUAACGUGUGUUUUGCAAGUUGAUGCCCUUGCUGAUGAAUGAGCUCUACACUGACCCCAUCUCAGUGUCCCUCCUACCCAUCUCUGACCUUGGCCAGCUCCAUCCACCUCCUCCAUCUGCCUGGACCACCUCUCUCUCCCUACUUACUGAGGAUCCACUUUCCUUCUUCUUGGCCAGCCCUGUGAACACUAUUCCAGAUCCCAGUCCUACCCCUGCAAGGAGCCUGCUCCUCGGUCCCCCUUUUUGUCCCUUAGCCUGUGUGUCUCAGCUGCCACUUCCUCAUAGCUGGUGAGCUUGCUGAUGUCUUGAUCAUGUUGCUUAAACAAAAAAAAAAAGUCUUUUUUACCCUCUGGCUAUUCUCUGCCCUAUUUUCCCUCUUCACUUCUAAUCCAAACUUCUUGAAAGAUUAAUCUAGGAUUGAUAGAGACUUCUGUUUCUUCUUUCCUGCAUCUUGUUCUCUCCAUGUGGUAGGGGGAAUAAUGGCCCCUGCAAAGAUGCCCCGCUCUAGUCCCUGCUGCUGCUGCUGCUAAAUCCCUUCAGUCGUGUCUGACUCUGUGGUCCCUGGAACCUGUAAAUAGGCCCCUUCAUGCAGCCAAAAGGACGCUGCAGAUCUGAUUACAUUAUCUUAAAGUGGGGAUGUUUCCCUGGAUUCUCCAGCUGGGCUCAGUGGAUCAUAAGUGAAGAAGGUGAGAGAAUCAAGGUCAGAGAGAGACUUGAAGAUGCAGACUGCUGCCAUAAAAGCAGGAAGGGGCCAUGAGCCCAGGAGGUCAGUGGAUUCUAGAAGCUGCUAAAAGCCAGGAAGCAGGUUCUCCUUGAAAGCCUCCACAGGAACCAUCUCUGUUAACCCGUUGGCUUAAAGUCCAGCAAAACCCAUUUCAGACUUCUGACCUCCAGCACUCAAAUGUGAUAAACUGGAGUUAUCUUAAGGCAGUAGGUUUGUGGGCAUUGGGUUACAGCAGCCAUGGUGUGUUAGUUUCCCAAUCCUGGACUCCUGGUUCAGUGAAUGCUUCUGUUUUUUCCCUCUGGGUCACUCUGGCCUCCCUGAAGCUCUGUUCUUUUAGUUUUUAUGUCCGGUACUGCUAUCUCUUGCUUCCAGUACUGCUAUCUCUUGCUUCCUUUCUGACUCUUUCUUCACUGUCUCUUUAGAGAUUCUCUUCUAUUUGUCUCCUAAUUUGGGAUUGCCUGAGGAAAUAGCUCUGACCACUGAUAAUUCCUAUGUGUUCUUUGGGUUAUAGCUUUAACUGCUCUGAAGCACUGGUGAUGCUUAUUCUGCACUAACUCAGUCCUCCAUAAACCCUAGAUUCUUGGUGCUAACUACCAGCAUGUGCUUUCUGUGUCUCCCAGGGACCUAAACCCCAUCCAAAACCAAGUUCAUGGUUUCUCAGUCCAGACCUCCUCUACUAUCAUCAGCCUAAUCUCAGAGAAUGCUGUCACGACCCUCACAUCGACUCUAGACAGUGUUUUCUUCUGCAACCUCCCGCACCAGACAUCAGUCAGUGACAAAGGCCUAACGAUUUUACAUUCCGAAUAAUUCCAAACUCCUUCUCUCCUGUUCUUACUCACGGAUGCUGGCAGUCAUCUCCUAGCUCUCCUCCCAGCCUCCAGUCUUGUUCUCUUCAAAUUCCCACAAUACCUGGAGUUUUCUAUCUGAAAUUAAAAUCUGACAUUUCAUUCUCUUGCUUAAAUUUGUUCUCCAGCUGCUCAUUGUCUCCAAGAUGCAGUCCAAGCCCUCAGCAUGAUGUCUAUGGGCCCCAGAAUCUCUCGUUUUAGCCUCAUCCUUAAUUAUGUCAUAUUGGCUCACAUCAUACUUUUCCUAAUAGAGGAUCAGCCUCAAAGUAUAAAUCCAACUUCUACUAAUUCAUGGAUGAAUUAAGUGGCUCUUUGGUGUUAUAUGUUCUGCAAAUGUUACAUUUUGGUGAGUAAAAACAAGCCAUCACCAUUCAUUAAGCUAUUCUAAUAUAGUUAGAGAUGCAGCAAUUAAAUUAAAGGCUGAGGUGACAUAAACAACCCAACAAAUGAAAUCUUGAAUGUAAUGAAGCCAUAAAUAAGGUCAUGGCUAAUUUUAAAGACUUCUUGUUUAAUUCUUUUUGUUGAUUAACAUUGCCUGAAACCAUAAUUUGUUUGGAGAACUAAUGUGUAAUGGGGGUUGUUUAUUUAUAUAUUUAUUUUAGCCUUAGAGAAAGUUUAAAUAUUCUGCAGAAAUAUGAGGAUAAAUGGAAACUAUUUUAGACCUUGGUACUUAUUUGGCAAACAGUGCCCCAGCAGAGUGUGUUCGUUUUGUUUUAAUGUCUUCCCUUUUGCAAGGCACUGAACUUUGGGGUCUUUGAUGAUGAGCUGGCCACACUUUUGGAAAUUCCCUUUAGCCUCUUGGUAUUUCAUUUGAUUUUAGCCUUCACACAGAAACUCUAAAAUCAUGCUUUACAUGCAACUCAUCAUGAUAACUCAUCUUUUUAUUUAGACCCAACCACCUGGUUCUUCUGUCCUUUUAGACAGUCCAGACCUGUGGAUUCAAGUACCAAUCUUAUUGGUAUUUAGUGGUCUUAGGUUGGUGGUUCUUUCCUUCUUGCUUCUGCACCAAGAUGGAAUAUCAAUCAGUUCUUAAUAUAAAUUCAUGAGGAUUUAUGUGGAACCCUAUUGUGAGAUGCAUUUUCAACUUCUUGGGAGACUUAUCAAGAUCUGAAUUCAAAAUCCAUUUUUAAAUUAAGUUCUCAGAUAUUCUAGAGCUUUUCCUUGGACACUUCCAGCACUCACUGUGGAUAGCUGUUUGAUUAUUCUCUGUUCGAUGCUUUUUCCUUUCUACUUCCUUUAGUGCCCCAUUGGUUGAUUUUGUGUAACUUAAGUAGUAGUAAUGAUGUUUGUUUUGUUUUUUUUUUUUCCAAUCCUUAGUCCUUAGAUUCUUCCACUAAAACAGAUGUGGAGAUAGGAGUGUGAAAAUUCCAAACCUUCUGUAUUGUCACAGAACAGAAAAUGAUGAGAUAAUUCAUAUAUUCUGUGGCUCUGUAGUAAUUACUUAAUAUACACUUAAAAUUGCAUAAAAGGGAAUCAACAAAUCUUUGUAGAAUGAAUGAAUAUUAUUAUAUACAUUUCUGUAAAACUAAAAAAAUAUUUUAAAAACAAUUUUCUUACUUUAUACCUUUCAUAAUUAGUUCUAGCGAAUAAACUACACAGGGUUAUAUUGCUGAAUCCUUAGGAAUACAGAGUUUUCAAAA